AUGUCGGAAGAAUUAAUCUGUAAUUGUAAAGGUUCUCUGACGGAACCAUUUUCUUCAUUAAAUGAUCUUUCCGUUCAUCAUGUGUCUUAUAAUGAGUUUGAAAAACAAUAUACCGAACUGUUUCAUUGGUGUGAAAAGAUCUUCGAGACAAUAACGACAGUUUCAUCAAACGCGUUAAAAUAUUAUGAAGAAUUGUAUGAACAAGGUUUAAUGCGUUUACGUGUCUUUGAUCAGUAUGCUGAUAAACUAACCGAACGUUUUCCCGACUUAAAAUUAAAUAUUAAUGAUAAAAUGAUUCGUAUAAAUCGUCAAUGGAAUUCUCUUGAAUCCCGUUUUCUCGAUUAUCUUGAUGAAGAUUUCGAUCGCAUACUUCAAGAUUUACAUAGUGAAUUACUGUUAUUUGAGGAAUGGCUUAAUCAAACUGAAGAACAAUUAUCAACUUUUACAUCGAUACGCAGCGAUGACCUUUCAUUAGAAGAUUUUCAGUAUAAACUUCAUCAACAUACGAAAUUACAAGAUGAGAUCAAAUCGCGCAAUAGUCGCGUAUCAUCGAUCAUCGAGAUCUGUGAACGUUUGAGACAUGAUUACAAUGAACAAAUCGAUCUCGUUCCGUUCGAUUUUGCCAGCGAUCUGGAAAAUCGCUGGCAUCAAACAUGGAUCAAUUCAGUGGAAAUUCAAUGUAAACUCGAAGAGAAACUCAAAAUUCUCCGGACAAGACGUAUUAGUCAUUUUAUCCAUGAAUCUCAUUCUAUUCAAAGUCCAACAUCAUUUGUUCUAUCUGACGAAAAAGACGUAGCCGACGACGAAGAGGACGAUAUUAUCCCGUUUGAAUCAAGUGAAUACGAGAAAAUUCCUCUCACCGGAUCAAACACUAGUCUCGAUAGUUUAUAUUACUCGAAAUCGAAUUCAAAACGUUGUCAAUCACCCUUAAUUCUUUCUUCGAAUAACAAUCUUCAAUCAAACUCGAUUUAUAUGAAUAAAGACAUGGCAAGAUCAAAACGGCAAAUGUCAUUAAAUCUUCUCCCAAUAAAUUCUCCAUCAACAUUUUAUUAUUCAUUAACCAAUAUAAAUGAUCUUGAUGAUCAAAUAAACACAAAUAAAAAACAAAAACGAACAUUGUCUAAAUUAGAUGUCGGAUAUGAAAGUGAAGAUGAAACUAAUCAGUCGGACGAAAGUCUUCAACCGAUAUUUCAAAUCAAAACAAGUCAAAGUGAUUAUUACAUCGGACAAAAUUUCACAAAUUACAACAAAACAAGUUUUACUUCCCUAACACAUUCAUUACCAGUCCUUGAACACAAUCAUCAUUUACCUAAUUGGUGGCGACAUUCAAUUACAUCAGCAUAUGAUACGUGUUCCAACCCAGAUAUUGACAUAAGUAUUGAAGAAGCGAAAAAAGCUCAAGUCAAACCAUCCUUACUCAUGUACAGUAAAAAGUAUACAGAUUCGAAACCGUCUCCAUCGCAGUUAUCACCAUUACAAAGUAAAUUACCAUCGAAUCCAGCAUCGAAUUCUUAUGAUGCUAGUGCAGAAUACACUGACCCUGAACAAUCAGAGAACGAUGUGGAUAUUUUAUCUUCUGAUUUUAAUUCGAAUUCACCAGUUCAUCGUUAUCAUAAUUGUGAACCACAGUAUUAUAAUCGAUAUAAGAAAACAACAACAACUACUACGACUACUACCACGACAGGAUAUUCAUCGGAUGUUGAAUUAGAAACAACGACAACGCCAUCGGAAGCGGAAGAUCAACAACAAACACCAAAUUUAGGUGAAGUAUCUCAAAUGAUGAAGGUUGAUUUGAUCAAUUUACCAAUGUCGUCGACAUCAGACGUAUUUGAUUCAUUGAACACAAUCAUCAUGGGAGAGAAAGUCGAUGGUUCUGAACCAUGUUGGGAUGGAUAUCAGAAUCCGUUGUUUUAUCAACUGAACUCUUGUGACAUUGAUUCCAUGGAAACAACAUUGAAAUGGGAAGAUCAAUUUUUAGAAAUGGAUGUACCCAAUGAUUCGUCAUCGGAUAAUGAAAACUAUUUCGACGACAAUUUCAAUCGUUCAUUUAAGAAUAUCCAUGGUUCAUCAUCAUCAUUGACAGGUGGCUUAGCUGGAAAUAAAGAAUUAUUAGAUUCCGACUCUGACUUAGACGAUUUCAACUACGUGUUAAAUGAAACAGAACGACAGUUAUUUAAAGCACGACAAAGUUUAGAGAAGAAAAAACGUCAACAACAAUUUACAUUAAACGAUCGCAAUCUACGAAAAUAUGAUGAAGUUUUGCGAACGUGUGAAACCAAUAUUCAAUGUUUACAACAAAUUUUAAAGAAUCUUCAUCGAUCAAAGAAUUCACGUCUCAACAGUACAAAAGCGAUUGAACAAUUACAAACAUAUCUCUCUGGUUGGCAUGACAUGCGACAACAAGUUAAUGAUGAUCGAAUGCAAGCUCGUCAAUUGCUUUACGUAUCACAAGAGAUUAUCAAAUUGAAAUUACGUUUAGACGAAGAAUUAGCUCGUAUCGAUUCCUCACAUAAUCAAUCUCAUCCCUGGUUGAAUGAUGGCUCCUUAACUGAAAUUCUGAGACGAAUUAAUUACGAACUUGAAUCGGAAAAAGAAUCUCGACAAAAAAUCUCUUCUUAUCGUUCUGAUAUCCUCCUUGCCGAAGAACAUCUUAACGAAUAUCGAAUGGCAUAUUUCGACAGUCCAUCCUCAUCGAAUAUUGAUGAACAUUUACAUAGUUGUCGUCUGGCACUUAACCAACUGACCGAUAAAAUGGACACGUAUCAAAGUCAAUUACGUACAUUAUCAAAAAUGAUCGAAAAUCUCAUUCCUAUUGAAACACAAAUCGAACAGAAAUUAACGUCAUGCGAAUACAAUAACAAUUAUCAGAUGAAUUUGCAAGACAUACAAAGAUUAAUUGAGAAAUACGAACAAUCCAUAAAUCAUUUAAGUUAUUCAAGAACUCAGUACACAUCACAUUUGCAUUUGAGAAUCCAAAACCACUGUGAAUCGAAGUUAGACUUAUACAAGAAGAUGUUAAGUGAAUUCGUUCGUAAAAGUCAAUCGAAACAUGUGUCGUUUGAUGGAUCAAUUAAUCUAAAUAAUAACAAUUCAUCCAUAUUCCAUACAUCAUCUUCUUCGUCAUCAGCAGCUCCUUUGCAAUACUCUACUCAACAGAGUUACAACCAGAAUAGCCGACAGAAAAAAUACCGGCGUACAACUGAUAGUCGAACGACAUUAAACGAUUCGAAUCAAAAUUUCGGUAACGAGACGGCGAAUAAACAAAGUUCGACAACUUCUUAUAUAUCCGAUGAUUGCAAAGUUUUAUACAUCGAAACAGUUGUUGAAGUAACCAAACCUGUCUUCUACGAACGUACAAACGAAACAACAACAACAACAAAUACCGAGUACCAUCAUCAAAUUCCUCAAUCCACUAUAGAUACUCAUCAAUCAACAAAUCAUUACUAUAAACUACACGAAUCAUCCGACGAUGAAUCAGCUAAACCGGUGAAUGUGCAUAAAAUAUCAACAAAUACAACUGAUCGUCAACGGAAUAAAUUUCAACAAGUUGAUAGCGGAAUUGAAUAUGAUCGAACAUCUCUUCCACCAUCUUCUUCAUCAUCAACAAUCUACACACAUCAGACUCUUAAUAAUAAUUCCAAACUUUUGUUUCCACCUGUUUCGACUACUUCGAUUCUUGAUGACACGUCUCAGUCCACACUUCUUCAUCGUUUACAAUCAACAAAACCGUCAUUUAUGGAAGAUAAAUCAACAAAAACUGUUACUUCAAGUCCAACAAGAAGUUCCGUUUGGAAUCGUUUGAAACAAACAUGGCUCCGUUCGCUUUUGCUUGGCCUUUUAAUCCUAUUUAUUUUAUUUUUUGUCUAUUUCAAUCGACUUGACACAUGUUCCAAGUCGACUAUCGUUCGAACAGUUUUUCACAAAAUUAUUUGUAUUGAAAAUGAAGGUAUACCCACAAUUUGA